CCUUGUGUGUUGACCCUGGUAGACGACACUGAGCAUGAGGAGACAGAGGAGCUGCGUCUGGUCUUGGGCACCCCCAGGAGCGAGUCUCCUUUCGGGGCCUCCAUCGGCACACAGAACGAGACCCUGGUCAAGAUUAAAGAUGACGCUGACAAGUCUAUUAUCAAGUUUGCGGAGACCAAGUUCAGCGUGAGCGAGCCCAAGGUGCCGGGCCAGGUGUCGGUGGUGAAGAUUCCAGUGAUCCGCAUCGGGGACACGUCCAAGGUGUCCGUGGUGCGAGUGCACACCAAGGACGGAUCUGCGUCCUCAGGCGAAGAUUACCAUCCCGUGUCAGAGGAUGUGCAGUUCAGGGCAGGUGAGACGCGUCACUAUGUGGAGGUGGAGAUCCUGUAUGAUGGCAUCAGGGAGAUGCGGGAGGCUUUCACCGUACACCUGAAGCCCGAUGACAACAUGGUCGCAGAGACUAAGAUGAACAAGGCUAUCAUCUACAUUGAGGAGACCAACAGCAUGGCGGACGUCACCUUCCCCUCCGUCCCCAUGGUGGUGUCCCUGCUCCAGUACGAUGACAUCAGCAGCAGCCGCCACGCCCUGCCACCCGCCGGGUACCCAGUGGUGUGCGUGACGGCCUGCAACCCCAAGUACCCCGACUUCGACAAGACCGGCUCCAUCUGUGUGAGCGAGAGUAUCAACGACACGCUGACGCGCUACCGCUGGCUUGUGAGCGCCCCCACAGGCCCGGAUGGCGUGACGAGCCCCAUGCGCGAGGUGGACUUCGACACCUUCUUCACCUCCUCCAAGCUCAUCACGCUGGACUCGGUCUACUUCCAGGCCGGCUCGAGGGUGCAGUGCGCCGCCAGGGCCGUGAAUGCGGACGGGGACGAGGGCCUGGAGCUCAGCAGCCCUGUGGUGCCCAUCAGCGUGGAGGAAGGUAUGUGCCAGCCUCGCGUGGUGGGCGCGGUUGGCGCUGAGCCCUUCUCUGCCAAGCUGCGCUACACCGGGGCAGAGGACGCCGAUCACCCCAACCUCGUCAAACUCACUGUCACCAUGCCCCACAUCGAUGGCAUGCUGCCGGUGGUCUCCACGCGGCCCCUGUCCAACUUCGAGUUGACCCUGAGCCCUGAUGGCACCCGUGUGGGUAACCACCGCUGCUCCAACCUGCUGGACCACCACGAGGUGCAGACGCGACACGGCUUCCUCACCAAGUCCAUGCGCAACCCCCAGAUGAUUGGCCAGAUGGCUCCGUACCAGUACAGCGCCCACCUCAGGGGCUCCAACACACUGCGCUUCUACCGCAACCUGAACCUGGAGGCCUGCCUGUGGGAGUUCAUCAGCUACUACGACAUGUCCGAGCUGCUCAGCGACUGCGGAGGCACCAUCGGCACGGACGGACAGGUCCUGAACCUGGUCCAGUCCUACGUGACGCUGCGUGUGCCGCUGCACGUGUCCUACGUGUUCCACUCACCUGUGGGGGCGGGCGGAUGGCAGCACUUCGACCUGCAGUCCGAGCUGCGGCUCACCUUCACCUACGACACGGCCAUCCUCUGGCAGGACGGCAUCGGCAGCCCGCCUGAGGCAGAGCUACAGGGUGCUCUGUUCCCCACCAGCAUGCGGAUUAAUGAACACGGUCGACUGGUGGUCAACUUCCGCACAGAGGCACGAUUCAGGGGGCUGUUCGUCGUGUCACACCCUGCCUCCUCGCUGUCCUCCAUGGUCAUGUGUCCCGAUCACCCUGGCGUGACCUUUAACCUCACACUGGUGCGCAGCGAGCCCACCUACAACCAGCCCAUGCAGCAGUGGACCUUCACAUCCGACUUCUCAAUCCGUGACUACUCUGGCACGUACACGGUGAAGCUGCUGCCCUGUACCUCCCCUCCGAACCUCCACUACACCAUCCCCCCCGUCUGCAACCCCAGAGAGCCAGUCACCUUCCACAUCGACAUACGCUUCCAGCAGGUGAGUGACCCGGUGGCUGCUGAGUUCAGCCUGAACACCCAGAUGCUGCUGCUGUCUAAGCGUGCUCUCUGGCUGUCUGACGGCUCCAUGGGCUUCGGACAGGAGAGCGACACCGCCUUCGCUGAAGGUGACGUGAUCUAUGGGCGAGUGAUGGUGGACCCUGUGCAGAACCUAGGAGACUCAUUCAUCUGCAACAUAGAGAAGGUGUUCCUGUGCACGGGGGCAGAUGGAUACGUGCCCAAGUACAACCCAGACAACUUUGAGUUCGGCUGCCUAGCUGAUGCCUCCUCCCUUCUUUAUCGAUUCAAGAUCCUGGACAAGGCUCAGCCUGAGACGCAGGCCAGGGCGUUUGGCAGCGUGGGCUUCAAUGCCCUGUUGGCUGUGGACGACCCGCGGGCCCUACCCCUGGUCAGACAGCCUGGCUCAGACGGCUUCAGGCUGGACUCCGCACCCCUCUUCCAGGUUUCCACUGGCAGGGAGUGGUACAUCCACACCAUCUACACUGUGCGCUCCCGGGACAACGCCAACCGUGGCAUCGGCAAACGGAGCCUAGAGUACCACCACAGCCUGACCUCCAGCCUGACCUCUCACUCCCAAGGUUACUCUAACUCCCAAGGUCACUCCCACGCCUUAACCGCUGACCUCCAGGCCCCAACCCUGGGUCAAAGGUCACGCAGGUCGGCCAACGGCGCACACGUGCCCGUGCCCAGCGUGGCCGAGGACAUCGGCGCCGAUCAGAACCGCGGCACCAACAUCCUCCACAUCGCGCUGGACCGCUCCAGGAACAAGCAGACCCGGGGGCCGCUGGGCCAACCCAGGCAGGCUGGAGGAGGAGGAGAGGAGGACGGGGUGCUCCCGCAGGAGGUGAACCAGAGGGAGGCGGAGGAGGACGACGAGCGUGUUGUGAUGAUCGUGGGCAUCCUCGUGGGGGCGCUCUUGAGCGUUCUACUGGUGGUGGUGGUGGUCGUCAUGGCGGCGCGCAACAAGCAGGAGAACAAGAUGGCAGGCGCUGCGGGCAACGGGUCAGGGCGACACCACCACCCGCGCGGCUCUAGCAGCACGGAACCCAUGGUGCUCAGAACGCCGGUCACCAGUGACAAUGACAGCUCGGAGGUCUAACGUUGGCGUUGAGGAUAGCGAUAACAUAACGGGAGACCUGAGGAAGUGGACUGAGGAAUGGGACAGCGUAACAGACAGUGUGGUGUGGCAUAGACUUCUAACUCUAAGAAACACAUUUUUUGUUAUUGACAUCACCGAUGAUGUUCUCUUCAAUUUAUUGGGUUUUUUUUAUUUCGAUUUGUACCUCUGCUAUGUCUGUAUGUUUUUUUCUCAUUUGUGCAAGUGCCUCUUAUUUACCUAUUUGGACUUGAGUGGGGAAGUUCUGCGAGCUGAUGGUUUAGUCGAACUAAGAGAGCAUGUUACUCAGAGUAUAUGGCAUUGCUUCUAAUCAAAGGAGAAUAAAAUGGUUUUGCUUCAGUAGAAAACUCCUAAUUCAAGAGGUUUUUGAGAGGUUGCCUUAUUGGCCUCUCCAAACUUAUUAUCUCAGCUUGGUCUAGACAGGGAGAGGUGGGAUGGACGU